AUGGAUGUCACUAUGUUUCUGUUUUUAAUAACAUUAACUGUUCAUUUUUCUGCAAGUCAUGUGACCAGCUCUGAAAACGAUGAUUGGCAGACGACAAUGGAAGCCCGCCUAUCUAUUUUGGAGAGGAAUCUGCAGCAGUACAUGAAAAUCAAUGAUCAACUUCUGGAGGAAAAUCAGGCUCUAAAGAAACUGGUUGGAGACAAUAACAGGAAAUACACUGAGUUCUCUUUAAAGAUGAAAAGUCUUGAAAGAACUAUCAGUGGUAUUCAGAACAACCGGAAGAAUGUCCAAAUACGUCCCCAGACAACAGAUCUCCCGAAAAGUGUUAAUAAUAACCAGAAUGGUCUACAAACAGAACUCAAUAUAAAUCGAACAAGGAAUAACGGAAUAGAUCAACAGUUUACCACCAAUGUGACCAAAGAGCCAAGAAAAAGAAUAGUUCCACCAACCCCCGAUUCUGCAACUGAGAACAUAGCUUUCCAUGCCUACCUGUCUACAGAUACAGCUUCUGGUCUUCGUCAACAUCAUACAUUAAUUUUUGACACAGUCAAGGUCAACAAAGGUCAAGGAUAUCACAAGGACGAUGGUAUAUUUAUCUUGCCAAGAUCCGGAGUUUAUGUCUUUGCAUGGACCGUUGCAGUUCAAACCAGCGGUUGGGCCUCUGUAGAGAUUGUCGUCAACGGACAAAUUGCUGGAUCGACAUUUGCAGAUGGCGAUGGUACAUCCUGGGCUGAAGGAGCUGGUUUCAUAAUUGUAGAAGGGAAAGUCGGAGAUCAUGUUUACCUUCGUAUGCAUGAAAACGGAAAUGGCGUGGUAAGCAGCAAUGGCAGAGCACGAACGUCUUUCUCGGGAUGGCGUCUCUUUUAA